GCCAUCAGCUGAGCUUUCAUCCCACAGCGCGCAGGAGAUUUUCAGGCAGGCAGGAAGACGAUGGGGGCGUCGCCGUCGCGGCAUGAGACGUCGUCCGACGACUCGUCGCGCGCCGGCGACGGCCGCGCCGUGGCGGUGGCGGCAAGCAGCGCCGCUUCCGGCACCGGCAGCAACAGCAACCAGGCCCAGUCGAAGCGGGCGCCGGCUCCGCACAUGUUCCACGAGAUCGUUGCGCAGGAGAAGACCGCCACCGCAGCUGAGCUGGAGGAUCAGGUGCACGGCGCAGGGAUCUACCUGGCUGGGAAAACAAAGAAGUACUGGGUGCACGAGAAAAGCAGGUGCAACUGCUUCAUGCUGUUCCCCAGAGGGCUGUUCAUCUGUUGGAGUGAGGACCCCAGAUUCUGGAGCUGGCAUCCCCUGAAAGAAACAAGUGACUCCGAGAUCGAGGCGGUGUCGCUGCAGAACGUGUGCUGGCUGGAGAUCCACGGGAAGCUGGAGCUGUCCCACCUCACGCCGGGCGUCAGCUACGACGUCGCCUUCGAGGUGAUGCUCACCGAGCCGGCGUACGGGUGGACCGCGCCGGUGAACCUCCGGCUGAAGCUCCCCGACGGGACGGUGCAGCAGCGGAAGGAGAAGCUGCAGGAGAGGCCCAGGAACCAGUGGAUGGAGCUCAAGGCCGGGGAGCUGAAGGCGCAGCCGGAGCAGAAGGGCGAGGUGGAGAUCUCCUUGUUCGAGUACGACGGCGGGGAGUGGAAGAGGGGGCUCCUCGUCAAGGGCAUCAAGGUUGUGCCAAAGGAGUGAUUAGCAUUUUGUUUGAGGGUGGUCCUUAGCUUUUGCGUGCCUGUCAGGUGUGUUAAGAUCAAUGGGAUACGUGGAAUAAUAAAAGGUUUGUGGCAACUGGCACUACAAGUUUCAAGCCUUGAAGGCUGAAUAAAACUUUAGUCUUACAAAGCAAA